AGACAGAUACCAUCAGAUCAAGGUCUUCUUCAAUAACUAGCAUAGAUGAUUUUGAAGACGCUGUGCAAGAUGAUAUAGACGAUGAAGAUGACGAAGAUGAUGAUUAUUUUCAAGACGAAAAGGCAUCAAAUGAACCAGAGAAACCCAUAGAGACAGAACAAAAGCAAGAAAAAGAGCAAGAGCAAGAGCAACAGCAGCCAUCAGAGAUGUCUUUUAUUUUACCUGCUUUGCAAAACCAUGGAUACGUAUCUGAUGAAGAAGAUGAUGAUGAUGUAUCUCUAAAGGAUCCUAAUGAGCCAGUAGAGGAGUUACCACAGCUCGAUGAAAUCAAGUUGGAACAAGAAGAAAAGGCAAAAGAUGAGAAAGAAGAAGAAAAGACAAAAGAUGACGAAGAAAAGGCAAAAGAUGAACAAGAGGAAAAAGUAAAAGAAAUCGAACAACUUGAAAUCGCAUCUACUCCCAUAGAACUCAAGUCAGGUUCUACUGAAAAGCCUGCUACGUAUGAACCUAUCCCGGUUGAGAAGCCUAAGGUGGAGCAAAAGAAGAUAGAAAUUGAUGUAGUAGAAGAAAAGCAUGAUGUUCACACACCAGAGUUGGUUCCUGAACACAAUACGUCCAAAAAUGAUGUACAAGAAAAAUCUACUGCUAUUGAAAAAAUUACAGACAGCGACGAACAAGACACCUCUGUUUCUCAUACAAGUGGUGAGCAGCCUAACCACUUGGCUAGUAUUCUUCCAGCUGUUGAAGAAUCUCUCAAGAAUAUGUCAUCUUCAACUACUGUGAAGAAAUCCGUGGAAGAAGAGCUGCCAUCAGAGGAGAGAGAACGAGCAAGUCGAAGCAGGGAGUUUGAGUACUCUAUUGAGGAUCCUAUUGAUUUAGACAUGUUUAGAGAUAAUGUUAUUGCUAUUCAGUCGGUUGAUCCCAAGGAUAUACCCAUCAACGACCUUAAGCCUCGUCAACAGGAAGAGGCAGAUCAACCUAUUAGAGAUGGAAUGAAAUAUUUGUUUGAUAACCGGUUUAUGAAAGCUAAAGCUAUAUUUCAAACAAAGGCAAGUAUUGAUCCUCUCUAUGCACUCGGGCUGGGAGCAAUGGCCUUUAUCAAGGCUAUUAUGACAUACCACGAAAACGAUAAAGAAACCGCCAUGACUGCACUAGCUACAGCUUAUACCAUCGCUAAGGCGCAGAUUGAUAAUACAUCCUUCAAGAAGCCAUUCAAGGAUACUGUCACUCAAUAUUUUACCUCUUUAUUAUCAUCCAACAGCACCGGAUUACCUACGAACCCACCCGUAUCCACCAUGCCCAACAGUAGCGGCGGUAUUGCCGAUCCGAAUUCCUUUAUGCCCAAUGGAUUACUCAGAGCUCAUGUCAUCAAGGCUGAAUGUUGUUUAUUGAUGGGUAUUCUUCAGAUGACUCAAGAAAGUGUUGUCGGUUACUUGAAAUGUGGAUUAAAUAUAAGACGAGCAUAUCAUAGUUAUAGCAUUGUAUGGCAAGAAUAUAAGCGCAUGGGCCAAGAAUAUACGAAAUAUAUGGAUCGUGAUACUGUUUCCGCCAUUCAGUUUGGUAUUGGCUCGGUGCAUCUCAUCUUGUCUUCCUUACCACCCAAGAUCUUGAAGAUCUUUUCUCUUUUAGGAUGGAAGAGCGAUAAGCAGCUGGGAUUCGCUUUAUUGAAGCUCUGUUUAGAAGGUCGAGGCAUUCGUGCUCCUUUAGCCUCUUUGACGUUACUUGCUUACUAUUCUGUUCUGACAUCAUUUACUCCUCAGCUGUAUACAAAAGAGAUGAUGAAUCCUGCCAUCGAAUGUCUCUUGGACGCUCAAUCAAACCAUCCCAACUCUUGCUUCUUCCUCUUUUUUGCUGCUCGUAUCGCCAGAGUCGCCAAGAACUUGCCACUAUCAACCCAAUCAUUCACAUUUGCAGCAGAAUCAAGUAAGGGCGAAUGGACCGAAGUAGCAAUGAAGCAGUUAUCCGAUUAUGAGAUUGGGUUCAACUUAGCACUAGAAUUAAACUGGAAGGCAGCCGCUGAAUACUUUGAUCAACUCAGCCAGGAAAAGUAUUGGUCUCCGGCCUUCUCCAAAUACUUUGUAGGCGCCUGCUACGAGAUGCUGGGUCAAAGAACCGAGGCGAUUCUAGCAUUUGCUCAAGUGACAGAAUUCGCCAAGGAUAACGGCAAAAAGACAUACAUUGACUCUUAUGUGGACAAAAAAGUCGAGUUCUUUCAAAAGAGUGGAUAUCAAGAUAUGGACUUCAGCUUGCCCGGUUUGGAAAUAUUCCUUGUCCUGAAUGCCUUUGAAUAUAUGGAUAAGGAAUUAUUGGAGUCAUGUCUUGAAAAGGUACAACACACGCUUGAACUGAUUUAUGAACGUGAAAAGAUCGAGUACAACAUUCGUCUUCGUGAACUGGUCCCUGCUGCAGCACCACCAGACUAUUAUGACCAACGAUCUGUGUUGUUAUUAACCAAGGCAUCCAUCUUGAACUCACUCGGUCGUCAUAGCGAAACGAUUGCUCAUCUCAAUUGGAUACUGGAUCAUAAGGACUGUAUCAAACACGAGACUUGGGUUGUGCCAUUUGCAUAUUGGGAAUCAGGCAUCACUGCUUGGGGAUUAGGUAAUUACACAAAGAGUCGUAAGCUAUGGCAACUGGCUAUGACUUGUACAAAAUACGAUUUUGAAUACCGUAUGGCGGUUCGUUUGAGUUUGGCGCUUAGUAAAUGUGAUGAAAUGGGUAUUACUCAUAUUGAUGAUAAAGAAUUGAAAGGGACAAGUACAAAUAGCCGAAAGCGUAUGCCCGUCCUAAGUAAUACCCCUCAAGUGGCUUAAAUAAUAUACAUCAUACGCCUAAAGUAUCUCUUUUAAUUAUUCUAAAGAGUCCCAUUGCAUUAAAAUAAACAGUGAUCACUAAUCAUGGAUAUACAUGCAUUAUAAAUACUUUUCUAGCUCACUACGACUGGCAUUGAGAAGCCAAAAUUCGUUU